CGGAGGUAGUGGUGGUGGUGGCAGCGCUGGUGAAGGGUGUGGUGGUGGUGAGAGGUGCGCGUGCGAUGGGGUUGUCGCCGUGGACCCUGCCGUGGUCCGUCGUGGUGGCCGGCGUGCUGGGGCAGCUUUUCCUCUUCUCCAUGGGCACGUCCUCCAUCGACUGCUUCAAGUGCGUGUCGGUGAAUGGCGACAACCCGGCGUGCGAGGACCCCUUCCACAACAACAACUCCCUGAAGCUGCUCGAGUCGCCGUGCAUGGGGGGCCGCAAGGGCCGCGACGGCGUCUUCCCCGCCACCGCCUGCAUCAAGAUGGACGGCAGAUACACCGACACGGACGAGAGCAUCACGAUCCGCGCGUGCGCGCUGGACAGCGGCACGCUCACCACGGACACCGAGAUCAUCCGCAUGUCGCACUGCGGCAGCUUCUACUUCGAGAACCGGUACAUACGAGGAUGUGUCCAGAGCUGCGACGACGCGGACGGCUGCAACUCCGGGCCGGCGGGUCCCUUGACGCACUCCCCGACGCGGUCCGCGCUCGCGCUGUGCAUGGGGCUGCUGGCCUUGCUGGCGUCGGCUCGCUGAGGCCGAGGCCGCCGAGGCGCGCUCGGCGCACCGGACGACGUUUCGUCGCCGUCUCUCUCGCACCACAAUGGGACGCCCCGUGAGUGCGAGAGAGACGGAGCGACCCACGCGGCCAAAGGGACCAAGCAACAAGACCAACAAGGAAAUGAAGAGACGGAAGACAUCCUCGACGGACGACACUACGAAGUGAAACCCUGAAGCUGCUGGAACCUCCUAAUAAUGCCCUCGGAGAGACCUCUUCAUCACAACUCGUGUCUUCAGCACCUUUUACUUCAUCUAGCAUUUUCAUCCAGAUAGAAGGAUGUUCAGUGGGAUAUUAAUUCCUUGAGUCAAGAAUGUACAGUUUGCUUCUACAUUGCACGCGCAAAUUUGGGAUUCCAUACUUAACCACACAAGCAUUGUCUUCACUUUUGUUGUUGUAUACUGUACUAUAUAAUGGUAGAGCCCAUAUAUUGCUUUGCAAUGUGUAUAUUCUGUAACUGGAAGACCAAAAUUAAAGAAAUAUGUCAAAUUA